AUUGUGCGGAAAGAGAACGACAGUUUCCAUUUUGAGUAUCUGUUAUCGUUUGAAAGGGAAGAUAAAAAGAUGAGAUCAAAGUUUUCUCUCUUUUUAGGCCGAUGAGAUGCGAAAGUUCUUCAAUCUCCUCUCAUAUGCACGUAAUUGCUUGAUUUCUCCUCUGCAAAACACUGAUCACUACGUCUAAUUCAGUUAUUACGGAUUGCUUUAUCAUAGUUGUUACUUGCUGUACUCCUGUUUUCAUAUGGAGGCCAUCAAGAAGCAAGCUGCUAGGCUUAGAGAGCAAGUUGCCAAGCAACAGCAAGCUGUAUUGAAACAUUUGGGGCAUUUUGGUAAUGAAACUGUUACUGUUGAUGAAGCUGAAUUUCAGUGUUAUCAACAACUUCAAAAUCUAUACAAUUCCACAAGGUCAGCUAAGCAUUUUCAGAAGAAUAUUGUUCGUAGCAUUGAAGGAUUUGUAUCUGCAAGUUCAAAGCAAAUGGAGAUAGCAAGAAAGUUGGCUGAAGAUUGUUGCAAAUAUGGAGCUGAUAAUCAAUGCACAAAUUCGUAUGUUGCAAGAUCUGUACUUCAAUUUGGUACAUCACAUAAUUUAAUGGAAAAUGAGAGGGAAACUUUCCUUGCAAUCCUUGGUGAUCAGGUUUCUGAGCCUCUUCGGUUAUUAGUAACAGGAGCUCCUUUGGAGGAUGCUCGCCAUUUAACCCAUCGUUACGAAAAACUCCGCCAAGAGGUUGAUGCCCAGGCCGCUGAAGUAUUGAGGCGUCGAUUAAAGACUAGAGAAUCUGAUAUAUCUGCGGAGAAUUGCAUGAAACUUCGAGGUGCAGAAGCAAGGCUGACUGAACUUAAAUCUACAGUUACGGCACUUGGGAAAGAAGCAACUUCUGCCAUGUUGUCAGUUGAAAAUCAGCAGCAACAGAUUACUGUUCAGUGUCUAUUUGCAAUGGUGGAUGCCGAGAGAUGUUAUCAUCAACAUGUUCUUGAUAUUUUAGAUAAAUUACAUGCUGAGAUGAUAUUGGAGGAGCAAUUAAAUGAUUCUUCAUCACAAUCAGUGACCAUUCAGCAAGAUGUGAACACCCCAUCCGUGCAUCAAGACACUACUUCAAAUGGAUCUGGCGAUCAGAUGCAUAUUAAUCAAAAGGGCACAUUUUUCAUAGCAAAGGUUAUACAUGCAUUUGAUGCUCAAGCAGAAGGGGAGUUGAGUCUAUUUCUGGAUGAUUAUGUCGUGGUUCGUCAGGUGGCUCCAACUGGGUGGUCUGAAGGAGAAUGCAGAGGUAAGGCAGGAUGGUUUCCCUCUGCAUAUAUAGAAAAGCAGGAGAAAGCACCAGCAGACAAGAUUGUUCAAGAAAAUUAAACGUGUUUGCAAAACCAGAUCAUUCCAGGAAAGUUUUGUGAUAAUUUCAUUUUAUGUAAAAUAUAAUAGCAUCACUGAAUGCUGGUUCUUUUGGCGCGUGGUGGUGUGUAAUAAGGUUCUAUAUAUGAAAAAAAAAUAGAGCUAAUGUGCAGUUUGUAGUUUGUACAUGAAAUUUGAUGUAUCUGUGCAGUAUAUUAUUAUUUUGUUUGAAAAAAAGGAAUUGCUAAUAAUUAAUAUUAAAUAUCUUUAAUA